UCUCGUGGAAACUCAGGAACUCAGGUCGCCAGGGAAGGGUCUUGACACUGCUAUGUAGGGCACGGGCAGCACUCUCCAGGAGGUCUUCAAAAUGAGCUAAGAAGAUGGGCAUAGAGGACGGAUUUCACACCGAGCAGAAUAGGCCAUGCAGGGAAGUUUUUAAAUCUCUUUCAGAGAUUUUUUUUUUGGUAGACAAUCCUGUCACUCGAAGCAGAGAGCCAGGGUAGUAUCUAGGACGCCCUUCCAAGCUGCAUUCGUUAAUUGGUUGCACAUUUUCUGCCAAGGAAGUGAGAAUACAAAAGGUUAAAUUUCUCAUAUAAGAUUAAUUCAGCCAUCUCUGUGAAAUGGUGGAAGCAGAAUAUCAUCAGGCUCUCUAAUCUCAUUUCUCUCGUGCUGUCUUUCUUGGAGCCUAUCAAAGAGUGGCCUGGCAGAGAGUCAGCGCUGGGGAUGCGAUGCAUCAGGCAGUCUCUUUCUGAAACGUGAAAGAGGGCUGUCAUUUAGAAAAUGUAGCUUGCCUUUUAAGGGAGGAUGAAAAGCUCUGUCUCGGAAGACCUAGGCUGUAGACGUGGGGAUUUCAGUAGGAAGCAUUAUGGAUCUGUGGAGCUGCUUAUUUCCAGUGAUGCUGAUGGAGCCAUCCAAAGGGCUGGAAGAUUCAGAGUGGAGAAUGGCUCUUCAGAUGAGAAUGCAGCUGCUCUGCCAGGUACGUGGCGAAGAACAGACGUGCACUUAGAGAACCCAGAAUACCACACCAGAUGGUAUUUCAAGUAUUUUUUAGGACAAGUCCAUCAGAAUUACAUUGGAAAUGAUGCCGAGAAGAGCCCCUUCUUCUUGUCUGUGACCCUUUCUGACCAAAACAAUCAGCGUGUCCCUCAAUAUCGUGCAAUUCUUUGGAGGAAAACAGGUACCCAGAAAAUAUGCCUUCCCUACAGCCCCACCAAAACGCUCUCUGUGAAGUCCAUCUUAAGUGCCAUGAAUCUGGACAAAUUUGAGAAAGGCCCCAGGGAAAUUUUUCAUCCUGAGAUACAAAAGGACUUGCUGGUUCUUGAAGAGCAAGAGGGCUCUGUGAAUUUCAAGUUUGGGGUUCUUUUUGCCAAAGACGGGCAGCUCACUGAUGAUGAGAUGUUCAGCAACGAAAUCGGAAGUGACGCUUUUCAAAAAUUUUUAAACCUCCUGGGUGACACAAUCACUCUAAAGGGCUGGACAGGCUACCGCGGCGGUCUGGACACCAAAAAUGACACCACAGGGACACAUUCGGUUUAUACCGUGUACCAAGGGCACGAGAUCAUGUUUCAUGUGUCCACCAUGUUGCCCUACUCCAAAGAGAACAAACAGCAGGUGGAGAGGAAGCGUCACAUCGGAAACGAUAUCGUCACCAUUGUGUUCCAAGAAGGAGAGGAACCUUCUCCGGCCUUUAAGCCUUCCAUGAUCCGCUCCCAUUUUACACAUAUUUUUGCCUUAGUGAGGUAUGACCAACAAAAUGACAACUACAGGCUGAAAAUAUUUUCAGAAGAAAGCGUACCACUCUUUGGCCCACCCUUACCAUCCCCGCCGGUGUUUACAGAUCACCAGGAAUUCAGGGACUUUUUGCUAGUGAAAUUAAUUAAUGGUGAAAAAGCCACUUUGGAAACGCCAACAUUUGCCCAGAAACGCCGACGUACUCUGGAUAUGUUGAUUCGAUCUUUAUACCAGGAUUUGAUGCCAGAUCUGCAUAAGAACAUGCUUAAUAGACGGUCUUUCAGUGAUGUCUUACCAGAAUCACCCAAGUCGGCGCGGAAGAAAGAGGAGGCCCGCCAGGCAGAGUUUGUUAGAAUAGGGCAGGCGCUGAAACUGAAAUCCAUUGUGAGAGGGGACGCUCCGUCCAGCUUGGUGACUUCAGGGAUCUGUAAAAAAGAGCCUUGGGAGCCCCAGUGUUUCUGCAGUAAUUUCCCUCAUGAAGCCGUGUGUGCAGAUCCCUGGGGCCAGGCCUUGCUGGUCUCCACUGAUGCUGGCGUCUUGCUAGUGGAUGGAGAUUUCAUAUUCCUCUAUGGAGAAAUAGUGAAAAUUUGCGACCUUCCGUCAGUGCCAGUGUUUGACAGAACUGUGCCAGUGAAGCAGAUGCACGUGCUCGAGACCUUGGACCUUCUGAUCCUCAGAGCAGACAAAGGAAAAGACGCCCGCCUGUUUGUGUUCAGGCUGAGCGCUGUGCAAAGGGGCAUGGAGGCCAAACAGGCCGUGAGGAGCAAGUGUGACUGCAGGGAAAACAAGCUGGAGAAAACCAAAGGCUGCCACCUGUAUGCCGUUAACACUCACCACAGCAGAGAGCUGAGAAUCGUUGUUGCCAUUCGAAAUAAACUGCUCCUGAUCACGAGGAAACACAACAAACUACGAGGAGGGGCCAGCAUCUCGCUAUUGUCCCCGCUGUCUGAGUCGCCUGUUGAAGAAUUCCAGUACAUCAGGGAGAUCUGUCUGUCUGACGCUCCUGUGGUGAUGACCUUAGUAGACGGGCCGACAGAAGAGAGUGACAAUCUCAUCUGCGUGGCUUACCGACACCAGUUCGACGUGGUGAACGAGAGCACGGGGGAGGCCUUCAGGCUGCACCACGUGGAGGCCAACAGGGUUAAUUUUGUUGCAGCUAUUGAUGUAUACGAAGAUGGAGAAGCCGGUCUGCUCUUGUGUUACAACUACAGUUGCAUCUAUAAAAAAGUUUGUCCGUUUAAUGGGGGCUCUUUCUUGGUUCAACCUUCUGCGUCAGACUUCCAGUUCUGUUGGAACCAGGCUCCUUAUGCGAUUGUCUGUGCUUUCCCGUACCUCCUGGCCUUCACCACUGACUCCAUGGAGAUCCGCCUGGUGGUGAACGGAAACCUGGUCCACACAGCAGUCGUGCCUCAGCUGCAGCUCGUGGCCUCCAGGUCGGAUAUCUACUUCACAGCCACCGCAGCUGUGAAUGAGGUCUCAUCUGGAGGCAGCUCCAAGGGGGCCAGUGCCCACAAUUCUCCUCAGACACCCCCAGGCCGAGAUACCCCAGUGCUUCCUUCUUCCCUGGGGGAAGGUGAAAUUCAGUCAAAAAGUCUGUACAAGAUUCCACUCAGAAACCUUGUCGGCAGAAGCAUCGAGCGACCUCUGAAAUCGCCCUUAGUCUCCAAGGUCAUCACCCCGCCCACCUCCAUCGGGGUUGGGAUCGCUGCCAUUCCGGUCACUCAUUCCUUGUCUCUGUCCCGAAUGGAAAUUAAAGAAAUAGCAAGCAGGACCCGCAGGGAGCUCCUGGGCCUCUCCGAUGAAGGUGGACCCAGGUCAGAAGGAGCACCAAAGCCCAAAUCAAAAGCCCGGAAGCAGUUAGAAGAAAGCCAAGGAGGCCCCAAGCCAGGGACAGUGAGAUCAACUAGCAGCGACAGGAUCACAUCGGGCUCCUUGGAAAGUCCUUCUACUUCCGAAGCCAAUCCUGAAGGGCAUUACCACUCGACAAGCUCUGACCAGGACCCUGGGGCAGACAGAGAAGGCAGCCCAGUCUGGGCCGGCAGCCCCUUUCAGCUCACAGCCUCCUCCGAUGAAGACAUUAUUGACUUGAAGUAAACAGAGUCCGAAUCGAGUUUGCCACCAUUAAUUUUCUUAUGGAGGCUUUAUACUUUUUAACCAGUUCUGACAUCAUUUCUCAACAAAAUGUGGCUUUAAGCCUGUCCGUGAUCUAUUGGACCAAACCUUUGGCACACUCGGCCAAUUUGGGUCACUCUCCAGUGUCCAGUGCCAUCUUUCUCGACCUUUGUUUCUUUCUGUUCAGGAACCAUCAGUCCCCUUGUAAUACAGGUGGUAGAUUUCAUUGAGGUUUUAGAUAGAAACUUUGAAUAAAUCAAAAAUGUUCAUUCUUA